UCGGAGGUGUCUGAAAGCGAAAAGCAGAGAGAGGAACGAACGACGUGAAGGUCUAAAAACGUGCACGCAGCAGACGGUGAUUCUGCAGUAUUUAGCGAGAAGGCAAUCCCGCAACUCUAGAGAAUAUAAAGUUCUCUGACAGCGAGAAACAUUUCAUUUAGCCCCUAUUUUCGUAACUUGGGGAAAGUUGGGCUCAGGCUCGAGGGACCCACCUCUGUGAGCGCAGAAAGUGCAGUCGGUGGUCGGCAGUUCGUUCUGCAGGAAUGUCGCAGAAAGAGAGACCAGUGUUUUAUCGACAGGAGGUCAACAAAACGAUAUGGGAAGUGCCGGAGCGGUACCAAAACCUGUCCCCGGUGGGCUCUGGCGCCUACGGAUCCGUGUGUUCUGCAUAUGAUAUGAAGAGUGGUUUGAAGGUCGCUGUGAAGAAGCUCUCUCGGCCGUUUCAGUCCAUCAUUCAUGCCAAGAGAACAUACAGAGAGUUGCGGUUGCUUAAGCACAUGAAACAUGAAAACGUGAUCGGCCUCCUAGACGUCUUUUCCCCGGCUACUUCUCUGAAGGAAUUCACUGAUGUGUAUCUUGUGACUCACCUGAUGGGGGCAGAUCUCAACAACAUAGUGAAAUGUCAGAAGCUCACAGAUGACCAUGUGCAGUUCCUCAUAUACCAGAUCCUCCGAGGGUUAAAGUAUAUCCACUCAGCAGACAUCAUUCAUAGAGAUUUGAAACCUAGUAACCUGGCAGUGAAUGAAGACUGUGAGCUGAAGAUUUUGGACUUUGGUUUGGCGCGGCACACUGAUGAUGAGAUGACCGGUUAUGUGGCUACCCGCUGGUAUCGAGCCCCAGAGAUCAUGUUGAACUGGAUGCAUUACAACAUGACAGUGGAUAUUUGGUCAGUGGGAUGUAUAAUGGCAGAACUCCUCACUGGAAGAACUCUGUUUCCUGGUACUGACCAUAUAAACCAGCUUCAGCAGAUAAUGCGUUUGACAGGAACGCCCCCAGCAUCUCUAAUAAGCAGGAUGCCCAGCCACGAGGCCAGGAACUACAUAAGCUCCUUGCCACACAUGCCCAAGAGGAACUUUGCUGACGUGUUCAUUGGUGCAAACCCACAAGCUGUGGACCUUUUGGAGAAAAUGCUGGUUCUGGACACAGACAAGCGGAUAACAGCAGCCGAAGCUCUGGCUCACCCCUACUUCGCUCAGUACCACGACCCGGACGACGAGCCUGAGGCCGAGCCGUACGACCAGAGCUUUGAGAGCCGUGAGCUGGAGAUUGAAGAGUGGAAACGAUUAACCUACGAGGAGGUGUGUAGUUUUGAGCCGCCCCUCUUCGAUGAGGAUGACAUGGAGUAGUGAGACGUGCGACCCACAUCAACCCCAGCGUCCGACAAAUUUGUAACAACCUCAUACAUGCGCAUUAGUGUUAAACAAACUCUCAGACACUUGUAUCAGAGUGCCUAUCAACCGUUGUCAGUCUUUAUUAAUUGAGAAAACAUUCUCCAUGAUUAGCCUUUGGGAGGAGAUCAUUACCAGCGCAGGGAAGGGAAGAAGCUCGAGCAGUUAUCAUUACUCUGUUAUGAACCACUAAUGUUGAUGGUCCGAUGCUGGGAAAUGUCACUUCUUGCCAUUAGCUGAAAUAAUUUUAUAUUCUUCAGAUAUUUUUUAAAUUCAGACUUUAAUGACUCAUCACUGUGACUCUGAGAUGCUGAAACACCUGGACCUAUAGCUGUGCUAUUUUGUGUUUUAAAUUUUCUAUUGACUAACUUAUGAAUAAGCUUUUGUAUCUAUCAGUCGAAAAGGAAUACGCUAGUCUACCACUCACCCUGCCACGUAGUCACAUAUAGCACUGGGUCCCGUUUAUCUGUAAUAUGAUUUUUGAUUCAGUCAUCGCCAUGAUUGUUCCUGUAUUUAAAGAGAUAACUUUGAAGGGUUUCCUAUCUGUGACAGAAGUAGAUUUUACAGAAGCUUUUAGAUAGGUGACAAAUUAAGAAUGUGCCUGCUCUGUGUAGUCACUGAAAUUUAGUGUUCGCCAACGGAAUUUCACGUUUAAUGUUUAUUUAGAUAGUUAAGGUUCCCUGUGAGACUCUUAUACAUAUUUUGGCUACACAGAAAAAUCUGAGCCUCUACUGUUUAAGGACGGUGCUUUUCAACAAGGCACCGAAAUAUAUAUAAAAAAAAAAAAAAUGAAUGGGUACAUGCUCUGCUCAAAAAUAUGUAAAUAUCUGUGCCAUAUUUUUUAAAUCUUAUUGUGGUUAUGUUGUGAAGCAAUCACUUUUAGCAUGUACAUCAGUUAAAGAUUUUGUGUGCGUCUGCGAGUGUUGUUGGUUUACAGGAAUUUUAAGUGUCAUGCUGAAACCUUUAGAAAUACUGCUUAAAUGUGUAAAAGAGGGAUUAUAGAUGUAUUUAUACUUUGUGGAGGUGGUAUUUAUAAACAGCAAUUGAAAGAUCCCGUAAACUAUUUUCGGUCCAGCAGAGUAACUACUAUCUUCAGUCCUUUGUUUAACAAAAUAAAGACUUAUUUUUAAGAGA